AUGAUAUAAUUAUUUAUCAUAUUAGCACUUGCUUUUUCUAAGCCUCUCAACCCUAAAAAAGUCUUGUAUGCUAUAAAUUGUGGUGCUCCAUCAAAUUAUAAAAGUCCUUCAGGAAUUUAAUAUGAAAAAGUAUUAUAUCUUAAAUAUUAUUUCUAAGGAUAUUCAAACAGAUCCUGAAACUGUAGUAGCUGAUUACAGUUUGAAUUCAGAAGUUUCUAGUUAACAAAUCAAAUAUACAAGAGAGCCUGAAAUAUAUUUAACAGAAAGACAUGCCUAUAAAACAUUUUCAUAUCAAAUUCCUUUGUAAAAAGAAGGUACUUACACUCUAAUUCUUAAAUUUGCAGAAGUAUUCAAAUAAAUAUAAAUCAAAGAUGUACUUUGAUACAAAAGGAAAGAGAGUUUUUCAUGUUAAAUUUGGAUCAUAAAGAGUCAUUGAAAAACUUGAUAUUGUGGCUAAGGUUGGAAAGUAUGCUUCAAAUGAUGAAUAUAUAGAAUUUGAAUAUAUAGCUGGAUAAGUAUUUCAUAAUGUAAAUUUACAUUUAUAUAAAAUAGAAUGUUUUAUGUGUGGAUGCAGUUUAAGAUGGUAAAUUAUAAGUGAAUCUUGAAAAAACUAAAUUUGAUAAUCCAUAUAUUCAUGGAAUAGUUUUGUAUGCAGGUGGAAUCAGUGAAACAGAUUAUGAAGAAUAUCAAUACAUGAAAGAAAAUUGGGAUAAAGUUAUAAAUGAAGAAAAGAUUAAGGAAGAAUAUGAGAGAUAGAAAAAAUCUGAAGCUAAAGUUAAAAGAAAAGAAAGAGUCAAAAUUAGAAAUGAUCAUUUAAAUGUAGUAGAAAAUGAAUUUGAAUUUGAUGAUUAAUCAUUAAGCACUUCUGUUCCAGUUGUUAAAAAAGUUGGUUUAAAAGCCCUCAUUACUAGUCCUUUUGGUACUGCAGGUUUAUUCAUUUCUUUUUUUAUUGGAAUGUCUAUUCUUAAUAAAAUAAUGUCUACUAUUUCCAAUGUAUUUUAUAAAUUAUAUCAAUUAGGCUAAAAUUAAAGGUAUUGAAAAAGAUAUUACUGAAUCAAAACCUAAGCAAGAAAAACAAAUAAAAGAGAAAAAUGAUACAAGUGACAAAAAGAAUAAAACAAAAGAUACAAAAGAUAAAUCUAAAGCAAAAUAAUAGUGAU